AUCGUCAUCACAGCCUGACGACACACAGCGCCAUUAAACUCUCCGAACCUGUACACAUCUACAUGCCACCAGUAUCAACUACACCUUCCUCCAUCGUACCUUAACUCCCGUCCCAUCUGCACAGCAAGACAAAAGUACCUCUAAACUCCCACCUCACCUCCUCCCACCAUGCCCGCCACGACCCGACGAACCCGUGGCGCCCCGCCCGCCAAAGGCGCCCAAUCCACCCUCUCCUUCAACGGCGCCGCCACGCGAGUGACCAAGCACACCGGCCCCACGGGGAAAGACCUCAAGAAAGCCGAGCCAGCGAAGCCAGCAAAGGUUGAUGUCAUCGAUCUAGACCGCGCCGACGCAGUUGUCGUGGAAGCAGAGGUGCGGGAGGCGGAGGCCAAGCCAGCGCAGGUCCAGCUCCCUAAGCCCGGGAGUGCGUUGACGCCUGAGGAGGAGGCGGCGGAGAAGGUGCCGCAUGCCCAGGUGCUGAGGUACUGGAAGGCGAGGGAGGCGGACCGGUUGGCUCCAAGAGUUCACCAGGAGGGAUUGAGCACCGAGGAGAAGAUCUUGCGGUACUUCGACAUGUCGUCGCAAUACGGGCCCUGCGUAGGGAUCCCACGCCGCAAGCGCUGGUUGCGCGCGCACAGGCUCGGUCUAGCCCCGCCCAUUGAGGCGCUCGCUGUGCUGGUGAAGGAGGACAAGAAGGGCAACGAGGGGGCUGAGAAGGCGCAGUUGGAGUCGCUGCUGGAGACGAUUGGUGGGGACAUUUGAGGUCAUUGCUGUGUGGGUGAUUGGGGGCGUUGGGGGCGGGAUUUUUUGCUGGAGCGAUAUUGAUGGGAUUUGGCUUGUAUACUGGCGUUUGCUUCUUUACCGCUCCCUCGGGAGAGGGGGUUGGUGAUAUUCGCGGGUUAUUUCCGCGGGCUGGGAUGUUCUCGUACCUUGUUAUGGUAGUUGGUGGCUAUGCAGGAGAUCUAUCGUCCGUCUAGAAACGAGCUAUUUGUUCCGUCCAAGAGUCUGGAAAGGAACUGUAGAUGACAGCAGUUAAUUACAGCAGCUGUUAUUCAAAAUAAAGGUUUUCAAUUACUAGGG